CCGUGAUUUCCGAACUUGUCCUCUGCCAAACUCAUUAGAAGGCUUCUAGCAUUUUCCAGCAGCCUAGUAACAAAAAAGUGCUCACGUAGUUAGCACAGAAACCAUUGUUUAGAAGAAUAAUUCCUCCACUGGUGGCUCCUCCAUUAACAUUUUGUACAGCAGUAACGUAUACAGAAUCCUCUACUUUCUGUAGUGAGCACUUUUGUAAACAUAAUUGUGUAUGACUUUCUUUAAAGAUCAAGCGUUCAACUUAUAAUACGAACAACAUAGUACUGUUCAAAACAGUAUUUGGGAAUUAUUUUUACCUUGUUAUUUCAUGGGGAAUUCUGAUAAACAAACUUCUGAAAACAAACGGAAAAGAAAACCGUCAACAUCAGGGAACGAGAAAAACUGCCCCAAAGAAAUCGUAAAUGACGCUGCGGGUGUGAAGAAAACGCGAGGACAAAGUACUUUGUCGCAUUUUGUUAAGUCCAGUCAGUCGUCUCCGGCAAUAACAAACAAGCCUUUAGCAUGGGAACUAUAUCCAAGCUUAUACGUUGGCCGUAGUCCGUGUUUUUCACCGACAGAUCGAAUUAUCGCGUUUGAUUUGGAUGGUACUCUCAUACGGCCAAAAAGCGGUAGAACGUUUCCAAAAGAUGAAAAUGACUGGGUAUGGCUGUAUGGUGACAUUGUGCCCAAAAGGUUACGGGAAGAGCAUGCUAGUGGCGCAAGCAUUGUCAUCUUUACAAACCAGAACGGCAUUCCUCGGAGGCCGGCUACUGCCCCUUUAUUUCGUCGGAAAAUAGAACUUCUUACGCAAGCCCUAGACAUUCCUAUACUUGUAUACGCCGCUAUUCAGAAAGACAAAUACCGCAAACCACUUACAGGCAUGUGGGAAGAAAUGAAGAAUGUAUGGUUGUCUAAAAUUGAUAAGUCACAAGCAUGUUAUGUCGGCGAUGCCGCUGGACGGUCCGCUGAUCAUGCGUCCACUGAUUGGAAGUUCGCCGAGAACAUAGGUAUACAGUUCUACACACCUGAACAGUUUUUUCUUCACAAGGAAACCGAACCCCCCAAUGCUGGCCCUUUUCAGCCUAAAGACUUCCUUCAAACAAAAUGUUCAAAUAACAAGGAGACCGAUUUCCAGCCGCUUGAUAAACAAGAAGUCGUUGUUUUUGUUGGUCUGCCUUCAUGCGGCAAGAGCACCUUUUUUGAGACACAGAUUGCUUCCCACAGCAACUAUAUAGUCGUAAAUCAAGACACACUGAAGACAAAAGCUCGCUGUUUAAAAUUUGCCCGCGAACAGCUAGAGCAAGGUCAUUCCAUCGUCGUCGACGCUACAAAUCCUGAUGAGAAGACUCGGAAAGACUGGAUCCUACUCGCGAAAGAAAAGCACUUGCCUAUUCGCUGUGUUCUUUUUACCACGCCUGAAAGCGUAGCAAAACACAACAACGUUUUCCGUGCUAUACACGAAAGGAAAACCAAACUGCUACCUGAUGUCGCUUUCGCUUCAUACAAAUCACGGUAUCAAGAACCAACGGUGAAGGAAGGAUUUCAAUCUAUCACUCCCGUUUCUUUCACAUGUCUCCCAGAGAAGGCAGACAAGUGGGUUCAAUGGCAAUUGUAAUAAACACGUCGUAGAACAUGAGAUCAACAAAAAAUUAAUGAUGAUGACUACCAUUUUUAUGAUACAUACUCCUUCCUGCCUCUAACUCUAAGUGAGUAAAAUGACAAAUUGUUAUUAACCAGACCAUAUAUUUUCCUAGGUACAUGAAGACAAAAUGUAAGCCAAAAUUGUUGACCUUCAAUAUUAAGAAGAACAACGUAUGCUCGCACCAGAUUUCAACAGCGCAAACUUGAGCAAGCAUAACAAGUCUAUACUGUGUAUUUUUUUCCCAAUGAGCCCGUAAACCAUUCAUUACUUUAAAGAAGUAAGUGGGAAGACGAAGAAAUAACAGGCUUUUCUUUCCUUUUCUUCUUUCCUUCCACCUUUUUGAGUUGUCCAUCUGAACCAAUGAUUUGAACAUUUCCGCUCUCCAAGGUACGGGCAACCUUUUCACUUGUCUUAUUCCGACGGAUCUCAGCCAUCUCUUUCCGCUUUUGAGCAUGUUUUUGACGAACACGUCUGCGGCGUGCCUGUUUUUCUUGGUGAUUCAUUUCAGCCUUAGAAAUAGCAAUACCGGAACGUGUAACGGUUUCGUCCGUACGCUCACCUUGAGUAGCAUUAUAAAUUUCUUGAGGUGCCAGAGCCAUAGUUUCAGAAGCAGCAGCAGGCUGAACGUCUUCCAUAGAGAGAGUUGGAGCAUUGGCGACCACCUCCACACUAGCUUCAGCGGGAGCAGGUACAUAGUGCCAAGAGGACAAGCUGUCAAGAAUAUGAGCGACACUGUUGAACAGACCCUUAAUCUCCUCAUGUUCCUUUUCGACUUUCUUGUCUUCUUUGGACUGAAAUGUUGUAGGGUCUGAUUUUUUGAGAUAUUCCUCUUCGUACUCUUCAGCCAAAGAGCGCUGAGGCUUGUUCUCGUCGAGAUCAAACAGCUGAGAAGGCUUGAAAUCGGGGACCGCAGAAACAAGACGACGAGGGAUGUCAUCAAAAUUCUUGUCCAGAAUGCGGCUUUUGAUUAAAUCCUCUAAUGUGUCCGUAGAUUCUUCCGUCACCACAGGAACAGGUUUUGCAUUUUGCUCAAAGUCAACUUCAGUUUCCAGAAGAGAGUUCUGAGGACGUUGUUUGGAAGAAGCUUCACCCAUCAAUGUCCAGUUUUUCUUGGCCACAUUUUCGGCCUCGAGAGCACGAAUUUGUUUCGUAAGCUCAAGUUUUUGGCGUUCAUAAGCAGACAAUCCAGUGCCAUCGUCCUGCUCUUCCUCACUAUCGCUGGCGAACAAGUCUUGACGCACACGCUCAAACGUUUGAGCGGCAUCCUCUUCCUCCUCGUCCUCCUCCACGUUCGCAACCUCCUCGUCAUCAGACGGCUCUUCUGCGACGGGCCGUUUCUUUUUCUUCAGGGCAGCUCUUUUCUUCGCUUGCACUUGCUGACGACGGUCACGAGGAUUACGAGGUCCAAAAAAGUCCUCGUACAUGAUAGAGUCGGCUUGAGGUCCUUCUUCUUCGUCAACGUCCCCGAACACAUCAAUCUCAUCUUCAUUCUCUUCAUCUUCGUCGUCAUUCAAGGCAAUAGUCUGUGACUCAUCCUGUUCCUCCAUUUCAAGAGUCUGUUUGUUGAAGGCGUCGAUAUCAAAGAACUGAUCAUUUAGUCCAAAUGCAUCUUUCUUUGGUUUCUCAACAACGUCUACCUCAGCGUUGUCAGCCUCAUCGUCAAAUCCUUGAAAUUCGUCUUCGUCUUCCUCAUCUUCUUGCUCUUCUCCAUCUAAUUCUUCCUCUUCAGAAUUUUCGCCAUCGACUGACAUUUCCUCAUCUUCGUUGUAUUCAACGUCACUAACUUCUGCUGCACUGCCAGUAACAGAAUCAGAUCCCUGUUCUUCGUCACUAACGUCGACAUCAGGAAGCUCGUCAAGAGCAUACUUUGUAGCAAGAGCUAAUUGGUUGUAAAUUUGCCAGGCAUCACAACCUUUGGUAUGGAUCUGCUGAAUUGGACAUUUUUUCGGAACACUGACACUCGAAAAAGCGUUUAUACACUCGUCUAGAAAGGAAGCUCCCUGACUUUCAUCAGGGAACAGAAAACUGGUAGGGUUCUCCUCAACAGCUUCUAAAACCGUCAUUUGAUGCGCAAAAUCCGUCGUUCCUCUGCGAAACAAGCGUCAAAAAAAGAGAAAUUGCAAUGAAACCGUCCAAUUCCCUGUUUAUUGAACAGACGAAGAAGAAAUUUGCCAAAAAGAACGCUCGAUAGAUCGAACGUAGGGUGCUUGGUAAGAGACCACGAUAGCUUGCUUGAACUCCAAAUCGCCAUACCCUAGGUUACAACCACCAUAACCUAAAUUAUAGGGUAGGGUUAGUGACUGGUAAAUGUGUAUACACCAACACAGACACGA